GGCGGACGGGCGGGAGCUGCUUUGCGCUGCAACCAGCUGCCGGGGAGGAGCGGCGCCCCGGGCGGAGCAGCAGCAGCCAUGGGCAGGACCGUGACAGUGGCCACCUGUGCCCUCAACCAGUGGGCUCUAGAUUUUGAUGGCAAUUUGGCACGGAUUUUACAAAGUAUUGAAAUAGCAAAAUACAAAGGAGCAAGAUACAGACUUGGACCGGAGCUUGAAAUUUGUGGCUAUGGCUGUUCAGAUCACUAUUAUGAAUCCGAUACGCUGUUACAUUCAUUUGAAGUUCUGGCAAAGCUUUUGGAAUCUCCUGCCACUCAAGACAUCAUCUGUGAUGUGGGAAUGCCUGUUAUGUGCAGAAAUGUUCGCUACAACUGUAGAGUGAUCUUUUUAAACAAGAAAAUUCUUCUGAUCAGGCCAAAGAUGAUACUGGCAAAUACAGGAAAUUACAGGGAACUUCGAUGGUUUACCCCAUGGAGCAGAGCACGGUUUGUGGAGGAAUAUUUUCUCCCCAGGAUGAUACAGGAGGUGACAGGACAGGAAACUGUUCCUUUUGGUGAUGCAGUGCUAGCAACCAAAGAUACAUGCCUAGGGAGUGAAAUCUGUGAAGAGCUGUGGGCACCAAAUAGCCCUCAUAUUGAAAUGGGUCUUGAUGGGGUGGAGAUCUUCACUAAUUCAUCAGGGAGUCACCAUGUGCUGCGGAAAGCUCAUACCCGUGUGAAUGUGGUAAAUUCUGCAACAGCAAAGAGUGGUGGGAUUUAUGUCUUAGCCAAUCAGAAGGGCUGUGAUGGUGAUCGUCUGUACUAUGAUGGUUGUGCCAUGAUUUCUAUGAAUGGAGACACUAUUGCUCAAGGAUCCCAGUUUUCACUGAAUGAUGUGGAAGUCUUGGUUGCUACACUGGAUUUGGAAGAUGUUCGAAGUUACAGGGCAGAAAUUUCAUGUCGUAACUUAGAGGCAAGCAAAGUGAAUUCCUAUCCCAGAAUAAAAGUGAAUUUUUCUCUGUCAUGUUCUGAUGAUAUAUGUGUACCUACCUGUGAGCCAAUCCAGUGGAGAUAUCAUAGUCCUGAGGAAGAAAUCUGCCUUGGCCCUGCAUGCUGGCUUUGGGACUACUUAAGACGCAGUAAUCAGGCAGGAUUUUUUCUACCGCUUAGUGGUGGAAUUGACAGCUCUGCUACAGCUUGCAUUGUAUACUCCAUGUGUCGCCAGGUUUGCCUCGCAGUCAAGAAUGGAAAUCAAGGUGUGCUGGCCGAUGUACGUAGGAUAGUGAAUGAUGAGACCUAUACUCCUGAGGAUUCCCAGGAAUUCUGUGGACAUAUCUUCACCACUUGUUACAUGGCUAGCGAGAACUCCUCCCAGGAUACAUACAACAGGGCCAAAUUGUUGGCUGAACAAAUAGGCAGCUAUCAUAUAAAUCUAAACAUAGAUGUGGCAGUGAAAGCCAUUGUGGGGAUUUUCAGUAUGGUGAUGGGCAGAUCUCCCCAGUUUCGUGUCUAUGGAGGGAGCAGCAGGGAAAAUCUGGCACUACAGAAUGUGCAGGCUAGAAUAAGAAUGGUCCUUGCCUACUUAUUUGCUCAGCUGAGUCAUUGGGCUCGUGGGAUGCCUGGUGGGCUUCUAGUGCUCGGAUCAGCCAAUGUGGACGAAAGUCUUCACGGAUACUUGACUAAGUACGAUUGCUCCAGUGCCGAUAUCAAUCCUGUUGGUGGAAUCAGCAAGACUGACUUGAGAAGUUUCAUACAGUAUUGUAUGGAAAACUUCCAGCUUACAGCACUCAGAAGUAUUAUAUCAGCUCCACCAACUGCAGAGUUAGAGCCCCUUGCGGAUGGACAAGUGUCUCAAACUGAUGAGGUAAUGGGCAGUGCCUUUAAAAAAUGCUCUGUGCCCUUUUUGUGUAUGAUAUUUCAGGAAGAUAUGGGGAUGACAUACACAGAGCUCUCAGUCUAUGGCAAACUAAGGAAGAUGGCCAAGGCUGGACCUUACAGCAUGUUUUGUAAGCUGAUCAAUAUGUGGAAGGAGAUCUGUACCCCAAGAGAGGUGGCAUCCAAGGUUAAGCAUUUUUUCAGGAUGUACUCAAUUAACAGACAUAAAAUGACCACCCUCACACCUGCCUAUCAUGCUGAAAACUACAGUCCGGAGGACAACCGAUUUGACCUGAGACCUUUCCUUUACAACUCCACCUGGUCCUGGCAGUUCAGGUCUAUAGAUAAACAGGUUUCCAAUCUAGAAAGUAAGGAAGGGAAGCCUGUACUUGAAGAUGUGGAUUGACCACUCUCCGCUCUCAUACUACUGACCUAAUAGUGGCUCUACAAACACAACAUUCAAGGAAGGAGUAUAUUCUGAAGAUCAAGAUGGUUCCAGUGUCUGAACAGACUAUAGAGCUGGUUUAUCUUGUUAUUAACAGUUAUAUCUGUAAUUAAUCAAACCCAAAUUAGUUUGGACAAAUAAGUUUCAAGCUGUAUUAUUCAUGAUUCUGAAUAGUUUGCUUCAGCUAUUCACUAUUUGUUAUUCAUGAUGUGUGAUUGGUCACAUACUUCACAUGGUCACGGCUGAAACUUAAAAUGUAAAAAUAAAGAUUGGACUUUGGGGUUUUAAUUUUUGAAUAAUUAAUCAUUCAUGAUUCAUUAAUAUUUUCACAUAUACCCAAAGAUUGUCUGAGUACUUGGAAAUAACAAGUGAUAUGAUCCCUCCAAUCAUAGAAACCUGGGUCAGUGCUUUUGUGUGAAAAUGUGUGUGCCCAUAUAAAAUUUGACUGGGCCUAAUGAAUGGUCUGCAUGUGAUUUUUAUCUAACAUGUUGAACUGAAAGCAAAAAUCUUUAUAGUCUCUGGCACAUGCUGCUGUGAAAAAAACGAAAUUUUCAUUUUAUUGUGUAAUAAAUUCACAUUUUUAUAAUGCUAA